UGUUUCCCUUCACAACACAUCCUGCUACUCUAGUGGCCUCAGCUUUAGGUGAAACCACAUCUGAUCAUCACAGCAAGAUGGCAUCAGGGCUGCAUUUCAUUGUGCUCCUCUGUCUGAGCUGUGGACUGUGGAUUGGGGAAAUUGGAGAAGCAAAACCAUCUGAUGACUGUUGUGUAUAUGACUGCUGUAAGACAUGCCCUGAGGGAUGGACUUGGUUUGGUGACUACUGUUACAAGUUCAACUUCAGUGAACUGGACUGGGCUGAUGCAGAGGUUGCCUGCAUUGCUGCUGGUGGGAAUCUAGCCUCCAUCCACACCAAAGACCACUAUGACUUUGUGAAAGGUUUGAUUAAAACCUCAGCUGGCUCAGAUAAACAAACUUGGGUUGGAGGCACCAAUGCAGUCAAGGAAGCUGUGUGGCUGUGGACUGAUGGCUCCAAGUUUGAAAACAAGUUGUGGGAACCAAGGCAGCCCAGCAAAGGUCAUGGAGUUGAACAUUGUUUGGUGCUGAACUAUCUAG